UGAUGCGUUUCAGUUCAUUCAACAGCAAAUAAAUUACAGGCGGCAUGAUUAUGAGGAUUAAUUGAAAUUGAAACCUGUUAGCCUGUAAACCAUUGACAGUUAUGCCACCUUCUUAAAAAGUGAAUUGCAUGCUUGCACAUUAUCAAGACUCGCCCUCACCUGCCAGUGAGCCUAGAUAUGGAUUGACGCUAUAAACCCAAGUCAAGGAUUUCAAACCCUCAUUGUUCCUGUAGAUGGUAUGGAGUGAGCUACCAAGCUGUAUUUGGUAACUGUAUGGAUACUUGUAACAAAGGGAUGGACAUUUAACCCCAGAUGACUUCUACAGUACUUUGUUUCCAGCAUUGUGAUCGGUCCACAAACAUUCUUUGUUUCCAAGUGCCAGCAAAAUGUCCACUGUGUGGCGCUUCCACAGAGACCACAGAGAGUCGCAUCCCGCCUUUUGUCAUCGAGUCUCCUUUAACAAAUGCAAUGUCCCACCCAUUCUCGAUCAUUGUGAAACCAACCUGUCAACAGUUUUUACAAGGUUAUAAAGAUGGAGAUAAUCUUCAUAUUGGAGUGACAACCUCGAACGGACAUGUCUACGAAUAUGAUGAAGAUGGAGUUUGCAGCUCAUCAGAAGAGUGGAAAUCCUGUCUGGCAGUGUCAGUUCUGUACUCGCAGAGUUAUGGUUCUUGGAGGAGUCAGUGGGAUGACCAGCUGCUAGAAUUUGCCAACAGACCAGACUGGAGCUCAGAGAGGUAUGACGAGUCCACUCAUAACUGUUUUGACUUUGUGUUAGGCUUUCUGCGCACAUUACCACUAGGGUUGUCUCCCUUGAAUGUAAGCAGCAAGGCUGAGCUAUGCCAAGAACUGGUGAAAUCACACACUGUUAAGCUGGGCAAAUAUAUCACCAUUUACAAAAAGAUAGAGGACUAUGGAUACGUGUGUAUGCCUGCCAACAGUGAUUGACAUGUUCUGGUACAUCAGGUGAUCAUUCAGUUUAAAAUGGCAAUAAUUGUUCUGCAGGAUACUGCUACACCAUGUGAUUGUUC